GCGACGCUAGCUUCAGUUACGGCUGCGCGCUUUUCUGUUUACAAUAUUUUCAACCAUUUUUUAAACAAUUUACGUUUACGUGUAUUGUAUAUUAGUGUAUGCAAUCGAUUCCCGUGUAUUUGUGCUUGUUAUACAACACUAACUAGUAAACGCACACGCCGGCAGCAUAAAAAGUGGCGCUAAACACACAAUUACCAUUCAGUGUGCUGAAACGGACACGUGUUGGCAUUCGCGGCCUUAUUUAGUGAAGUUUUAUUGUUAAUAACAACGACUAUAAAAAAGUGCAUGCGCUGUCUAUAAAAAUGCCGGUCAUUAAUAACGCUGAAUUAGAACAUUUGAGCCCGCCAUUUAAGGUUGAAAUAGCGCCACACCAACAAACGGAAACAAAUCAGAAACCACCAUGGAGCAAGCUUCUGUUGCUGGUCGCCUUCGCCACAACCCUGGGAGCUGCUGUGCCCACGGGCUAUUGCAUAGGCGUUAUCAAUGCGCCCUCGGCGCUGAUGAAGAUCUGGUGCAGUCAGACGGUGCUUGAGAAAUAUGGCAGCACAAUGAGCCAGAGCGGCAUAGAUAUACUCUGGUCGUCGGUCGUUUCGGUUUUCCUGGUUGGCGGUGCCAUUGGAUCCCUGGGCGGCGCUGGCUUGGCUAAUAAAUUUGGCAGAAAGCCCUGCAUGUUAAUCUGCGCCGUGCUGUUUGCCAUUGGCGCAGUGCUCUUCUUCUUCUGUCGUGCCGCCAAAUCGGUGGAGAUGCUGCUGCUGGGUCGCUUGAUUGUUGGUCUGUCAUCGGGUCUGGUCACUGCCACACAGCCCAUGUAUCUGGCAGAGCUAGCGCCGCCCUCGCAGCGCGGCACCUUGGGCGUCUUCUGCGGCGUCGGCGUCACCGGCGGCGUUGUUUUUGGCCAGGUGUUCAGCUUGGCUGACAUCUUUGGCACUGAGGAGCUCUGGCAUUAUGCGAUAUCCGCUUACAUAUUGCUCGUCCUUGUGUGCUACGCGCCCUCGUUUUGGUUCCCGGAAAGUCCCAAGUUUCUCUAUUUGAUUAAGAGCAAUCCGGCGGCGGCACGUCGCGAGCUGGUGCGUCUGCGUGGCGAGGAUGCCAACAAGCUGAUCGAGCAGGAAAUUGCCGACAUGCAGAUGGAGGCCAAUGAUGAAAUGCAGAGCAGCAGCUUCGGCGACGUGCUGCGCGAUCCACGUUUCCUGAUGCCGCUCUUCAUUGUCUGCUGCUUCCAGGGUGGCCAGCAGCUGUCGGGCAUCAAUGCGAUCUUCUAUUACUCCGUCUCCAUAUUCACCGAGGCCGGCUUCUCCGAGCCGAACGCCCAGUGGGCCAAUUUGGGCGCUGGCUGCAUGAACUUGUGCAUCUCGCUGCUGGGCCCGCUGCUGAUGGCCACCUGCAAACGUCGCAACCUGAUGAUGCUCUCCAGCUCGCUGUGCUCCAUUUUUCUCUUUUGCAUUGCGUUCGUUUUGUACUAUAUUAGAUCGGUUAGCUGGUUUCCCUGGGCCUGCAUUUUCUGCAUUCUGGCCUAUAUAUUCUUCUAUCAGUUCGGUCUCGGACCGAUUCCUUAUUUUAUUGGCUCAGAAUUGUUCGAGGUGGCGCCACGCCCCGUGGCCAUGUCCAUGGGCAGUCUGUCGUCAUGGACUUGUAAUUUCAUCGUUGGCAUGGCCUUUCCCAGUUUGCAAAGCGCCUGGGGCGCCUUUGUUUUCCUACCCUUCUCAAUUACCUGUGUGCUGCUCUUCAUUCUAACGAAAUUAUAUUUGCCGGAAACGCUGGGCCGUGAUCCAUCCGAAGUGGCGCCACUUGUGUCCAAAGGCUUCCGCUCCAAGGUUAAAUAAGGACGUGGGUGUGGCACAUUGGAAAGUAGUUUUAAUUGAAUGUUCGGUUACGCAGCGUAUUAUAUUAAGUUAGUUUUAAGUUAAUUGUUAGCUGUAAUUUUCAUAGUUAAUGAGGUUUAUGCAGGACACAUGCCUCACCGGACAAUAAGCGUACAUAAAUUGUAAAUUUUUAAAAUGAAUGUACAACUAAUUCAUAAGACACCCUGUAUAACAAUGGUACCCAUUGCCAACAUAUGUAGAAGGCUGUGUUUGGCUCUUAUCGCUGCACAAGUUCAAGUUAAUUGGCUGUGUUGUUACUUUUGCUAAUUGAAUUUACUGCGAGAAAUGUUAGUUAGUUCAAUCAAUUGGGGGAGGUUAGAAACAUUUAUCCUUACCUUAUGGAUACUCGGUCUCUGAUUCACUGUCUUAAAAAUAAGAACAUAUUGCAAUGAGUUAUCAUAAUUGUGUGAAUAAAAUGUACUUCCACUUGA